AUGGCGUUGACAUUAUUUUUAUUUAAAGUUUCUAAUCUGGAAGGUUCCAAUUCUAAAGUAGAAGCUACUGGUGAAAAUGAUGAUCAAUCAAUAUCUGAUAUGCCAUCAACACAAUUUAUUAGUGAUGAAAACGUGACAUUACUGAGUGCUAAAGUCAUAUUUCGAGGUAUUAAUCUAUGGUCCAAUAAUGUACGCAUACGUGAUGGUACAGCAAAUUUUAUUGCACGUGGAAAUAAACCAAAGAAGUUUAAUUUCAAUUUAGCAACUAUGUUAGUACCAGAGGAUCAAUUACGCAUCGAAUUUUAUACGAUCAAUGCAAAGAAAAAACGGAAAAAAUUGAUUGCAAUUUUUGAAAUAAUGCUCGAAGGUUUAAUCGAUUCAAAAUAUAUUGAUUUACCUGAAGAAAAUUUAUCUGAUCCAAAUAAUUACUUAUUACCAGCAACCGUACAACUUAAACUAUAUUAUACACCACCAGAUAUUGAUAAACAACUUGCUGCAUUGGGUUAUGGCGACACAGUUGAGUUGGUCGAUUGGAGAAGUAUGUUUGAUGAUGAAGGACGACAUGGUGGUCAUCGAUAUAGACAUGUUCAUUCAAAACAUGAUAGUCGAAUAAAAAAACUUCGUACAAAAUUAGCCGGUCGUACAGAUGAUGCUGAUACGGAUUCACAUAGUGAUACUGAUUUUGAAGAAGAUCAACAUUCUCAAAAAUUUUCUGGACCUACUGAUCCAAAUGAAAAGAUAAGAACGGAACAUAAUAAUUUAGAAUUAUUAGAAAAAAGUUUGGGUCGAUAUGUUGGUGACGUAUAUGAAAUGACCGAAUGGCAAGUUAUGGUACAUGUUAUACAAGGACGAGAUUUUCCUGGACUUAAUAUCAAUCCAUAUGUUAGCGUUCAAAUUGAUGAUCAAAAACGAUAUACAAGUAUACAAAAGUCUUGUAAUUCACCAUAUUUUGGUGAAUUCUUCACAUUUGAUUUUAUACUACCAGCUACAAAAUUUAUGGAAAAAGUUAUAUUUAUCAAAGUUCAUGAUGCUGUUAAAAUAAUUAGUACAUUUACAGAUACAAAACCAAUAGGAAUAUUUCGAUUAGAUGUAUCAACAGUCUAUAAUGAAAAAGAACAUGCAUUUGAACGAAAAUGGGCUCAAUUAAUUAAUCCAGAAAAUAUUGGAGCGUCUUGUGGUCAUUUACUUCUUUCAAUAUCUGUUACACAACGUGGUGUUCCAACAAAAAAUGUUGUUAGCGAAGGAGUACAUGAUGAUGAUGAAUUUAAACCAUCAAAAACUUUAAUUCCUGCAGCUAUGCCUCGACGUUUAUUUCCUGUACAAUUAAAAAUAAUUCUUUUUACUGCAACUGAAUUACCUGAAAUGAUGACUGAUUUUUUAGCAUCGGUUUCAAAAAAAAUUCUUCAAUCAGAUACAUGGGAACCAGUUGAUCCUUACGUUGAAGUUACAUAUGAUACAAUGAAGGCUACAACAGAAGCUCGUAAUGGUACAACACCUGUUUGGGGUGAAGCACUUUAUUUAGUUGGCCGUUUUCCACCACUUGUACGAACAAUUAAAAUAACUCUUAAAGAUCGUGCAGCUGUUCAAAAAGAUCGUAUUAUUUCAUCAUUUUUUAUUGAUCUUUUUCUCAUAAGUGAAAGUAAUCCAUCAGCUGGUUUUCUACCAACAUUAGGUCCAACAUGGAUGUUUUUAUAUGGAAGUCCAAGAGAAUAUAAAAUAAGUACAGAACAAGAUGGUCUUAGUGAAGGAAUGGGUGAAGCAGUUUCUUAUAAAGGACGAAUACUUAUGGCUAUUGAAUGUCAUCCAAUUACUGCAGAAAAUACACCAAAUAUGAAUAUACAAAAAGAAACUGGUAUACAAUUUCCUGAAGCAUAUAUAUUUCCAAUGAAACGUACAUUUCUUUUAUUUGGUUGUAUUUAUGAUGUCAGUAUGAUUGAUAAAUCAUUUGGUAGUGCAACAAUUUGUUUUGAAUUAAGUAUUGGUCCAAGUGGAUAUUUAAAUCCACAAGAAUUAGUAAAUGCAAAUCAUAAUCCUGUUUCAUCAUUAACACGAGCUUAUCCACGUAUUUCAAUUGAUAAUAAUAAAGAUUAUUUUCGUUUACCAAUUGAUUUACAAAAACCAAUAUUAUUUACAAAAUAUAUAUUUCAUGAUUAUAUCUAUCGUAUGACAUUAUCAAAUCGUCUAAAACAUAUAUCAAAAUAUUUAUAUGAAAAAAUUCGUGAAUUUGAAUUGAAAAUUAAUUCAAAGGCGUCAAAUGAAAUUCUGAUAGAAGAAUAUCGAAAAAUUGAAAAUUAUGUUCAUACAUUACCUUGUGGAUGUGCUGAACAUAUGAAGAAUAGUGAAAAUUUAGGUACUAUACCUGUUGUUCAUCCAAAUUUAUACGAAUUAUUAAAUUCGACUUCACCAACUAUUAAAAUGAAUCAAUUAGAUAUUAAACGAUAUAAAAAAAUUCUUCAUAAUAUUGAAUCAAUUAAAACAUGGAUUUCAAAAGAAGUUGAUUUUGAUGAAUCAAAACGAUAUGAAAUUGUUAAGGAUUUAAAUAAUAUAGCUCGUGCAUUUCAACAAAUGGCUACUGAUGCACAACCAUCUUUACCUGAUAUAUUUUUAUGGAUGAUAUGUGAUUCAAAACGAGUAGCUUAUGCACGUUUUCAACCUGAAGAUCUUCUUUUUAAUUUUUGUCACGGUGAAAAAGGUUUAUAUAAUGGUCAUGUACAAACUAUUUUUCUCAAAACACCACGUUCAACAGAUAAACCAUUAAAUAAAUCAACAAAUGCAAAAGUACAAAUCUAUCUUUGGCUUGGUAUUGAAGAACAUGAACCGGUAAUAUUUAAACAAUUACCUGCUGGCUUUGAUAUGCCAUCAUUACCGUUGAAUCCUCAAUUGAAAUCUAUACGAUAUAAUGCACGAACUUUUUAUGAAUUACGAUGUCAUUGUUAUAAAGCAAGAACGUUAAUUGCUGCGGAUGAAACAGGUUUGUCUGAUCCUUAUUUAAGUAUUACGGUUGGUAAUGAAACACAAAUAACUCCAAUUCUUAAAGAAUCAUUAUGUCCACAAUGGAAUAUAACAUUAACUUUUCGAAAUUUGGUACAUGUUGGAACUCGAGAAACAGCUGAAGAAAUUAUUGGAAACGUUGUUGUCGAAUGUUAUGACUAUGAUGAUAGUGGUGAUGGUCCAGAUUUAAUUGGACGUUUUUCCACAACAGCUAAACUUGAUUUAUUUGGUCAAGAUGAUGCGAGAUCACAGUCUUUAUUUAAAUGGUAUGAAUUUAAACUUGGUGAAAAACAAGCCGGAGAACUUCUAGCUGUAUUUGAACUUGUUGAACUCAAUCCGGAAACACGAGAAGCUGAAAUUGCAUUUGAACUUCUAGAAAUUCCAGUAACAGCAGAGAAUUAUCCACCAACAGAUUAUAUUACUAAUAUUAUGAAAAAUAAAAUUUAUCAAAUUCCAUUAUUACUAAUACCUGAUUAUAAAACUUAUCAAAUUGAAAUUAUGUUUUGGGGUCUACGUGAAUGUCGUACGAUUAAUCUUCAACCAAUUCAACAAGCUGAAGUAACCAUUGAAUGUUCUGGUGCACGUGUAACAAGAUCAAUAAAAAAUGUACAAAAAUAUCCAAAUUUUGAAGUAUCAUCUACUGAAGCAGACAAAUAUACACUUAUUGUUAAUUUACCAAAUGAUAAUAAUUUUUGGCCACAUUUAAGUAUACUUUGUGUACAAAAUCGUCUUUUUGGAAUGAAAGAAGUCAUUGGCAAUCUAGUUGUAACUAAUUUACAAAAAUAUCUUGAAAAACCUGUUCAACCUUUAACAACAACUGGUCAAGCUGUUGCUGAUGCUGUAAAUGAAUUAUCAAAAAGGAUACCAUACGAUUUUAAUCGUGUACGAAGAUCAGUUAUUGAUGCAUAUGAAGCUGCACUAGCGGAACAGGAUGAGAGUUUACGAAAAACAAAAUUAGAUGAGUUUGAAAACAGUGUUGGUCGUAAUGAAGAUCGUAAUGAUAGUCUAGCACCUAUUAUCAGUGCUGACUCAUCGGGACAAAAGAAAAAAGACGGUGAUGGAUCUGAUGGAAAAACAGAUAAAGAAAAAAAUGGUUUAAAUGAGUCUGAUCCGACACUUGAAUCAUCUAUUGAUAAGAAACAUGGAGAUGAACCUUUAACAACGUUAGAAAAAAUCAGAAGAAAUGAAAUGGAAAAAACAGCUGGAUGGUGGCAUAAAUAUUAUGCAUCAAAAGCCAAACUAAAAUUGAUAAAUCGAUCUGCUAUAGAUAUGAAUGAAGGUUUAAAAGAUAGUUAUGAUGCUUAUGCCGAAUUUUUUGACGAUGAAACAGCACUUGUUGCCAGAAAACGUUUGAGUUUAUGGAAUAGAGCUAAAAAAAUAUUUCUACGUGUUGGAAAAGCUCAAAAAAAAUUACGACAUUUAGCAGCUGAUAAAAUGGACCCGUUCGAAGACUCUGAAAAAUCGAAAUCAGCUGUUGAUGAAAGUUUAGACCUUAUUGAAAUUGAUCGUCUUAAAGAAUUAACAUUAAUACAAACAUUUGAUAUAAUUGAAACAGAAUUAGAAAAUGUUCAUGAUUAUGAAGGUUUUAAUGAUUGUCUUGAUUCAUUUCCUUUAUAUAAAGGUAAAGGUUCCAGUCGAUCAGAUGAAAUCGGUGAUGAAAAACGUAUCUAUACAAAGUUUAAGGGUAAAUUUCGUAUUCGAGAAAUUCCAUCAACAACUUCUUCGCGAGGAAUUCGAAUGGAUAGAGCAAGUUCUAUGGGUCCACUGUCUUUUCAUGGAGCUUUUGCAAAUCCUGACAUGAAAGCAGUUUUACAAUCAAAAAAUGAUUCAGCUAUACCAACAAAUCAACUAAUGCUUCAAUUUGAUUUUAAUAAAAAUCCCAUAACACUAAAAUGUCGAUUAUAUAUAAUAAAAGCUUUAUUAUAUCGUGGUUGGGAUCAAUCAGGCAAAGCAGAUCCAUUUAUAAAAAUUCUAUUAAACAAUGACACUAUAAUUGAUGAUCUUGAAGGAAAACUUCAUAAUACAUUAGAACCUGUUUUUGGCAAAUCAUAUGAAUUUGACGUUCAAUUACCUCUUCAAUCCUUAAUACGUGUACAAUUAUGGGAUUGGGAUAUGACAAGUUCUAAUGAUAUGAUUGCUGAAACAAAAAUUGAUAUUGAAAAUCGUUGGUUUUCAUGUCAUAGAGCAACAUGUGGUUUACCAAAAAGAUAUGACAGUGCGGGUUAUAAUACUUGGCGUGAUACAAAAAAACCAACAAUAAUUUUAACUGACUUAUGUCGAACAAUCGAUUUGAAUGUACCCGUUUAUUCGGAAGAUUUUCGCUCAGUAGCAAUCGGUGAUGAAAGUUUUGAAUGUGAUCCUUUAUGUGUUGAAUUUAUAAGGAAUGCAAAAUCAUCCGUUGAUACAUUGCAUCGAAAAGCUCAUCAUGAAUCACCUGAAGAAUAUAUACGACAAAAUACAGCAUUAGUUGCUCUACAUGAAUGGGGAAGAAAAAUUAAUCCAAAAGGUGCUUUGGUCGCUGAACAUAUUGAAUGUCGAUCACUUUUUAAUCCAGAAUUUCCUGAAACUGAACAAGGAAAAUUAGAAAUGUGGUUAGAUUUUUUUCCAAUGUCACGACCACCUUCAAGUGCUAUGAUUGAUAUAACACCACCUAAACCGACAUUGUAUCAAUUACGUGUAACUGUCUGGAAUACAUGUGAUGUAGAAUUAAAUGAUGAAAAUUUUCUUACGGGAGAGAAAACAUCAGAUAUUUAUGUUAAAGCAUGGAUUAUAGGAGAAACUAUUGAUGCACAACAAACAGAUAUUCAUUAUCGAUCAUUAACAGGCGAAGGAAAUUUUAAUUGGCGAUUUGUAUUCGAUUUUAACUAUUUAGAUAUAGAAGAAAAAGUUAUUUUCGAAGCAAAAGAUUCUGUAUUUCAAGUUGGUAAUACAACAAAAAAGAUACCACCAAGAUUAAUUGUUCGUGUUUAUGAUGCAGAUUUUUUUUCAGCUGAUGAUUUUCUUGGUGAAUGUAUUAUUAGUCUAACACAUGUACCAUUCGGUGCUAAAACAUCAAAAAAAUGUAAAGCUGAUAUUUUACUUAAUCCAAAACAAAAAGGAAUUAAUUUAUUUGUUAGUAAACGUAUUGCUGGUUGGUGGCCAAUGAUUGCUCCAUUGAAGGAGGGUGAAAUUCGUGAUAAAGCUUUAUUAGGAGGAAAACUUGAAGCUGAAUUAUCACUUGUUACUGCUGAAGAAGCAGAACAAAAUCCAGUUGGUAAAGCACGUGAAGCACCACAGCCACUUGAUGAACCAAAUCGUCCAAAAACAUCAUUUCUUUGGUUUACAUCACCAUGGAAAACAUUACGUUUUGUUAUAUGGCGUAAUUUCAAAUGGGCAAUUAUUCUUGGAAUCGUUAUUUUUAUUUUGGUUAUUUUUCUUUUAAUUGCUCUUUGGACAGUACCCGGUGAAAUAGUUAAACAAGUAGCAACAAAAAUAUUUAAAAAUUAA